UUAAAUGCCUUCUCUGAAGUCUGUUGUCGCUCUUAAAUGCUUUGAAGCUUUAUCAACGGAGGUUGCGUCUACUCCGAGGGGAAGAGAGUUGACACUGGCAAGGAAUUUAGAGGCGGUGCUUAGUUUUGUAAUCAUGGUAUCGAAGGAGGGAGAACUUCUCGUUAAGAUCUUGAUGUUUCUCAGCAUCCUUGGAUCAACCCAAGGAAGAAGGGAUGCCGUCGAGGUGAGGCACCGUCGUCUCAGGGAAGCCAGCAGCUUCUCCUCGACACCAGCAGCGGAAUACGAUUACAUCAUUGUGGGGGGAGGCACGGCGGGAUGCCCCUUGGCUGCCACCCUCUCCCAAAACUACAGUGUUCUGCUGCUGGAGAGGGGUGGCUCUCCCUACGGCAAUGGUAACAUAACCCGCAUGCAAAACUUCCACAUCGGCCUGGCCGACACCUCCCCCGCCUCUCCGUCGCAGUCAUUCAUUUCCACCGACGGGGUGAUCAACACGCGAGCCAGAGUCUUGGGUGGUGGCACUUGCAUUAACGCUGGCUUCUACAGCAGGGCCAGCCCAAGCUUCGUGAAGGCGGCUGGCUGGGACGAGGAGCUGGUGAACGAAUCGUACCCUUGGGUAGAACGAAGGAUCGUUUACUGGCCGGACGUCGCGCCUUGGCAGGCUGCACUGCGGGAUGGACUGGUCGAGGCCGGCUUCUCGCCGUUCAAUGGAUACACCUACGACCACAUCUACGGCACCAAGAUCGGCGGCACCAUCUUCGACAAGGAUGGCUUCCGCCACACCGCCGCAGAUCUUCUCGCCGCUGGAAACCCAGAGAACCUCAGGGUGCUGCUUCAUGCUACUGUGCAGAAGAUCGUCUUCGACACCAAAGGGCGGCGGCCCAAGGCAGCGGGCGUCCGAUUUAAGGAUGAGAACGGCAAGCUACACCGGGCGCUUCUCAAGAAUGCGAGGCACAGCGAAGUGAUCUUGUCAUCGGGUGCCAUUGGCAGUCCUCAGCUGCUGCUUCUGAGCGGGAUCGGGCACAAGAAACACCUCAAGAAGCUGGACGUUCGGCUCGUCCUGCAUAACCCACACGUCGGAAAGGGCAUGUCGGACAACCCCUUGAACUCCAUAUUCAUGCCCACCAGGAAGCCCGUGCGGCAGUCCCUCAUCCAGACCGUUGGGAUCACCAAGAAAGGCGUGUUCAUCGAGGCCAGCAGCGGCUUCGGCCAGUCAUCCGACAGCAUCCGAUGCCACCACGGCAUAAUGUCAGCCGAGAUCGGGCAACUGUCCACCAUACCCCCCAAGCAGCGUAGCCUUGAAGCCGCCAAGAGGUACGCCAGAGACAAGCAGAAUCUGCCACGGGAGGCAUUCCAGGGGGGCUUCAUCCUAGAAAAGAUCGACGGGCCGCUCUCCAGAGGUCGUCUCAGACUCAACGACACCGACGUCGACAACAACCCCUCCGUCACUUUCAACUAUUUCAGCCACCCAUACGACCUCAAGCGAUGCGUGUACGGGAUCAGAAGCAUCGAGGAAAUCGUGCGCACCAAGCGCUUCGCCCGCCUCACCGUCGACGACGCCUACACGAUGCGAAUGCUGCUGAACAUGAGCGUGCAGGCGAACGUGAACUUGAUACCCAAGCACACCAACGACACUGCAUCCGUGGAGCAGUUCUGCAGGGACAGCGUGACCACCAUAUGGCACUACCACGGGGGUUGCCAUGUCGGGAAGGUGGUGGACGGCGAGUACCGAGUUCUCGGUGUGUCCAGGCUCAGAGUGGUCGAUGGUUCCACUUUUGACCGAUCCCCCGGAACCAAUCCUCAGGCAACCGUAAUGAUGAUGGGAAGAUACAUGGGAGCGAAGAUACUGAGGAAGAGACUGGGAAGAGCAGCAGGAGCGUAGCUGUCGGCGUGUCACGGAUGAACGUCCAUGUAGCGGUUCGUUACGAAAGAACAAAGUCUAAUUCAUUAACGCCGGGAUUCGCCCGGAAGUUUUGAAAGAGGAAAGAAAGAAUCAGAAAGAUAUGGAAUAAGUUGGUGGUAUUCACAUGUUUCUCUGCGUCUGCAAAUUACAAGCGUUGUUGGUUACAUCGUACUCUUUGAAGUAAUCCACUUUUUCUGUGGAUUUAUGUCAUGAUUUGCUGAUCGACAACGAUGAUUCGUUUUUGUUCGUUA